AUGCGAUUCUCUCUUGUUGCGCUCAAUGCCAUUUGGGCCUCGAGCGCAGUUUUGGCGUCUCCGGUUCAACAGCGCGACUAUCACGAACCGACUUCUAAAGGGUUUCGCAUGCAGCAUGGCUUUGAGACCGUGCUAGUACAGCCAUUUGGGUACGACGGCUUCCGUGUCCGCGCAUGGCCGUAUCGCCCGCCGAGUGGUCAGGAAAUUGGAUUCAUUUAUGAUCCACCCCUUGAAGGGCCCGAAAAUGGCGAUGCCCACGGAAUGUCUUUUGAUACUGCGUUCAACGGAAACCGGUCUGAAGAGCUUCGUAACGGGAACAUAAUCGUCCGCACAUCCGGCUGGAGUGGGAAUCCAGGAGGCUAUCGACUGGCUUUUUACCGGGUGGAAACUAAUGGCUCAGAGACUCUCCUCACAAACGAGUAUGCACCGCUCAAGUCGAUCAACCCCCGCUAUUACUCCUGGACCGGAACUGGCAGCGAGUUUGGUGCUGAAUUCUCAUUCAGUACCACACCAGACGAGCAGAUAUAUGGCACUGGUACCCAGCAAGACCACUUUGUCAACAAAAAGGGACAAACCAUCGAUCUGAUCAACUUCAACACCCACAUCCCCACGCCAGUGUUCAUGAGCAACAAAGGAUAUGGGUUCAUCUGGAACAUGGCUUCCGAAGGUCGCAUGGAAUUUGGUCCGCUGCGCAACCGAUUUACUGCGGAUUCGGCGACAGUGGUUGACUACGUGAUAUUCUCGUCUGCCCCCGGUGACUACGACACACUGCAGCAGCGCCUCUCUGCGCUCACUGGGCGUGCACCGACACCUCCGGACUGGUCUCUUGGUUAUAUCCAAUCCAAGCUACGAUAUGAAAAUCAGACCGAGGUAGAACUGCUGGCUCAGCAUUUUCAUGCACGCCAAAUUCCUGUUUCAAUGAUCGUCAUUGACUAUCAGUCUUGGGCUCAGCAAGGUGAUUGGGCUUUGGAUCCGCGCCUCUGGCCUGACGUGUUGGAGAUGGCGCAACAGGUGAAAAAACUGACCAACGCCGAGAUGAUGGCCUCCCUAUGGCCCAGCGUUGCGGACAAUAGCGUGAACUACCUGGACAUGAUUUCCCAAGGAUUCCUCUCAGCCACCCGCACCGGUCCGGGCACUACGGACUCGUGGAAUGGAUCCUACAUCCGUAACUAUGACUCCACAAACCCCGCAGCACGCCGUUUCCUGUGGGACACAUUGAAACGGAACUACUAUGACAACGGUAUCAAGAACUUUUGGAUUGACCAGGCCGACGGAGGUGCCCUAGGUGAGGCGUACGAGAAUAACGGCCAAAGCUCCUAUAUCCAGUCAGUCCCUUUCGACUUGCCGGAUGUGCUAUAUGCUGCUGGCACUCAGCGCAGCGUCGGGAAGCUCUAUCCAUGGGCCCACCAGCAGGCCAUCGAGGAGGGCCUUCGCAAUGUGACCUCCACCGAUACGGGGUCGGCAUGCGACCAUCUCUCCCUAAGUCGGUCUGGAUAUAUCGGCUCCCAACGGUUCUGCAGUAUGAUCUGGUCAGGCGACACAACUGCAGUAUGGGAGACGUUGAGCGCCCAAGUAGCCAGUGGAUUGUCCGCCGCAGCCACUGGCUGGGGCUGGUGGACUAUGGAUGCAGGCGGUUUCCAGGCCGAUCCGACGGUAUGGUGGAGUGCCAACAUCGACACGCCAGAGUAUCGCGAGCUAUAUGUCCGUUGGCUCCAAUGGGCGACCUUCCUCCCCUUCAUGCGCACCCACGGCUCCCGCGAAUGCUAUUUCCAGGAUGCGUAUACGUGCGCAAAUGAGCCCUGGUCGUACGGCGAACAGAACACACCUAUCAUUGUAUCCUACAUCCAUCUGCGAUAUCAGUUGUGGUCCUAUCUACGCACAGUCUUCGACCAGCUACACAAGACGGGGCGCAUGAUCAUGCGCCCACUGUACAUGGACUUCGAGCGGAGUGAUCCUCGCGUCGGCCAGUGGACACGGAUGAAUACUAACGUGACUACCCAGCAAUACAUGUUUGGACCACGGUUGUUGGUGAGCCCGGUGACGCUCCCGAAUGUGACGGAGUGGUCGGUCUAUCUGCCACAGACAGCAGACACUAAUGCUGCGCAGCCGUGGACGUACUGGUGGACCAACAAAACGUAUGCCGGCGGUCAAACGGUCACUGUUCCAGCGCCUGUGGAGCACAUCCCUCUCUUCCAUCUGGGUAAACGCGCGGACAUCCUCAAUGGAAACGUCUUCGCCUAA